AUGGAUGCGGCAAACAUCCUGAAGCCAAUGUUGUCGAGAGGGGAGUUGCGGUGCAUUGGAGCAACAACACUUGAAGAAUACAGAAAGUACGUUGAGAAAGACCCUGCCUUUGAGAGGCGAUUCCAGCAGGUCUAUGUGGCUGAGCCGAGCGAAGAGGACACACUGUACAUCCUGAGAGGCAUCAGAGAGAAGUAUGAGAGCCACUACGGACUGACAAUCAUGGACUCAGCUCUUGUUGCAGCUGCAUCGCUAUCAAAGAGAUACAUCAAUGCAAGGUUUUUGCCAGACAAGGCAAUCGAUUUGGUUGAUGAGGCGUGUGCAACACUCUUCACACAGAAGAACUCGCAGCCUGAGGAGAUCGACAACUUGGAAAGAAAAGACACACAACUGACAGUCGAGAAGAUAGCACUUGAGAGAGAGCUGAAGCAGACAACAGAGGACCAGAAGGGAAACAUAAAGAAGCGACUGGAGGAGAUAGCAAAGGAACUGUCAAACAACACUGACAAGUUGACAAAGCUGAGAGCAAACUACGAGAAGGAGAAAGGUGGCAGCGAAGAGCUCAAGACGCUUGCGCAGAAAAUAGAAGAUAUGAAACACAAGGCGGAAACAACAAGAGAUCUUGAGGUUGCCGCAGACUUGAAAUAUUAUGCAAUUCCAGAGGCAGAGAAGCGACUCACAGAAUUGAAGAACCAGACAAAAGAGACAUCGAUGCUGUCGUUGCAAGUGACCCCACAGCUGAUAGAAGAUGUGGUGAGCAAAUGGACAGGCAUCCCAGUGAGCAGAAUGACACAGAGCGAGAAGACAAGACUCCUGAAACUUGGGGACGAGCUGCACAAGAGAGUUGUUGGGCAGGACGAGGCCGUGACUGCAGUCUCUGAGGCCAUUCUGAGAAGCAGAAGUGGUCUUGGAUCAGACAAGCGACCGACUGGGUCAUUCAUGUUCCUUGGACCAAGUGGUGUUGGCAAGACGGAGCUUGCAAAGGCACUUGCAGAGCAGCUGUUUGACGACGAGAACAACAUUGUCAGAAUCGAUAUGAGUGAGUACAUGGAGUCACACAGCGUCUCACGACUGAUUGGAGCGCCACCGGGAUACGUUGGACACGACGAGGGUGGACAAUUGACAGAGGCAGUCAGAAGAAGACCAUACAGCGUUGUUCUGUUCGAUGAAGUCGAAAAGGCGCACCAGCAAGUGUUUAAUGUGUUGCUGCAGGUGCUUGAUGACGGGCGUCUCACAGAUGGAAGAGGAAGAACAGUUGACUUCAAGAACACAGUCAUCAUCAUGACAUCAAAUCUCGGCAGCGACAUUCUCCUCAACGGCACAACAAAGGAUGGGAACCUCAAAAGUGGUGUGAAAGAAGCUGUGCUCGACAACGUCAAGAAGUUCUUCAAGCCCGAGUUCAUCAACAGACUUGACGACAUAGUAGUCUUCACACCAUUGAGACAAGAAGAGUUGCGAAAGAUCGUGAAAAUGCAGAUGAAAGACAUUGUCGCAAGAAUCAAAAAGAGCUACCCAACAUGCGACGUCGAGUUGACAGAGAAGGCAGUUGAUCAGAUCAUCACGGUCGGCUUCUCGCCACAGUAUGGAGCAAGACCAAUGAGAAGAUACCUCGAGAAGAAGAUAGUCACAGACAUCUCAGUUGCUAUCAUCAAGGGCGACUUGAAAGAAAACAAAAAGAUUGUGGUCGGUGCAAAGGAUGACGAGAUCACUGUCACCAUCCAAUAA